AGUGCCACUACCGGGAAACGUGCCACUGCGCCCCUCGGACGGAAGCCGGUGGCAGCCAGAAGAGAUCAGGGACGCCGGCUCCGCCAUGGCCAAGCCGUACGACGCGGUGGAGUGUCCCUACUGCGACGAGGUCUCCAAGUACGAGAAGCUGGCCAAGAUUGGGCAAGGCACCUUCGGGGAGGUGUUCAAAGCAAAACAUCGCCAAACAGGCAAAAAAGUUGCAUUGAAGAAGGUGUUGAUGGAGAAUGAAAAAGAGGGGUUUCCCAUCACAGCCCUACGGGAGAUCAAAAUCCUCCAACUACUCAAGCAUGAAAACGUCGUGAAUCUCAUUGAGAUCUGCAGGACCAAAGCCUCUCUGUACAACCGCUGCAAGGGCAGCAUUUACCUGGUAUUUGACUUCUGCGAGCAUGACCUGGCUAGACUCCUAAGCAAUGCCCACGUCAAGUUUACACUUUCGGAGAUCAAGAAAGUCAUGCAAAUGCUCCUGAACGGCCUGUACUACAUCCACCGUAAUAAGAUCUUGCAUCGGGACAUGAAAGCAGCCAACGUGCUUAUCACCCGUGAUGGUGUUCUGAAGCUGGCCGACUUUGGCCUGGCUCGGGCCUUCAGCUUGGCAAAGAACAGCCAGCCCAAUCGCUACACUAACAGGGUGGUGACUUUGUGGUAUCGUCCUCCGGAGCUGCUUCUGGGGGAACGAGAUUAUGGACCAUCAAUUGAUCUCUGGGGCGCAGGAUGCAUAAUGGCAGAGAUGUGGACCCGAAGCCCCAUCAUGCAGGGAAACACAGAACAGCACCAACUCACUCUCAUCAGCCAGCUUUGUGGAUGCAUCACCCCGGAGGUGUGGCCAAACAUGGAUAAGUACGAACUGUAUGAGAAGCUGGACCUGCCGAAAGGGCAGAAGCGCAAGGUGAAGGAGCGGCUAAAGGCGUACGUCAAAGACCCAUAUGCUCUGGAUCUCAUAGACAAGCUGCUGGUCCUGGAUCCUGCCCAAAGGAUAGAUAGCGAUGAUGCCCUGAAUCACGACUUCUUCUGGUCCGACCCUAUGCCCUCUGAUCUCAAAAACAUGCUCUCCACCCAUAACCAAUCCAUGUUCGAGUACCUGGCUCCUCCCAGGAGGAGGGGUGGACAUAUGCCACAGCAGCCUGCCAAUCAGGGCAGGAAUCCAGUGGCGACCAAUCAGACAGAGUUCGACAGAGUGUUCUGAUGGCUGUGGACCAAGGACAAGAAUGGAGUACUGGUUUCCAAUGGAAUAACGAAAAUGACUUGUUUCAGCUGUUUGUUUGUUUUUACUGUUGCAAAGCAAAAACUGGUGGGAAGAGAACAAG